AUGGAAGAGGUUUUUGGAGCUCCGGAGUCCAUGGGACUCCCUACGCAUGAUGGAGACAUGAGUGACAUUGGGACUGAUACGAUGGCGGCGUCUAGCAAUGCCGAUGUCUUCGCGACUCCGGCGGCCCCUGUCACGGAGGCUGUUUCGGAGAGUGCUGGCACACCAAUAGCGGUUGAAACCCUUGCUUGGCCUGUCCGAGGAGAGGUGAAUGGACAUAAUGGGGCCAAUGUCAUGCCACCUUUCCUAAGCCUGCCACUCCCAUCCGGUGUGGAUGAUGGCGGGCCUUCCUUGGAUUGGUUGGGCCUCAUAGUUCUCGCCCCUCACUUUCAGCCGAGCACAUGGGCCAUCAUGUUUGACAGGAGGCGAGGUGUUGAUGGGCUCCUUGCUGACGUGUUGGAUCUCAAGCAUGCCAUUGGGGCGGGCUUUUGCGACUCAGUGGCUCCCAUCCGGCCGCAACGACACCGCGGUUAUGCAAUGGUGGUGGCUUUCCCGAGUGUUGUUUUGCAGUUUGGGCCGAGGGGGCAUGUUCCUGUGGUCAUGGACAUCUCGCGUGCAGGUGGCCACUACUUUGCCACUAUCCUGCCUAGCAGGAUAAGCUAUGAUGAUAUCGAAACUUUCAUUUUGCCACACACUAGCGCGGCAAUUGAUGUGUUUCGCAUCUUUGUUGGCGGUCGCAUGGUCCCGGCCCCUUUUGAUGAAGACAUUUCUCUUGAGGCAGGAGAUGUUAUCACAGUGUUGCAGGAAGGGAUCUCUCCCUUCCCCUUUCUCGGCAUUGACCACUUACUCGAGCCUGGCCUUAGAUGGAGCCCCUUGCGACACAUCCCACGUGAGUUUGUCACACCUGGCUUCUGCGUUACCUUUGAGGGAGAGCGUUUUGUGUUGUACGAGAGACAUGUGCCGGGACGCACUGUGCUGGAAGCAGUUAGUAGGCUUUUGGAUUUGCAGGCGGAGAGCCUGACUUGUUCCUUUAGCCCGCUUGCCGAUCUGGAUGUGCAAGGAAGCACUUGCAGUGGGGUCCUUCAAGUUGCCCGACUUCCUAACCCGACUUUCCAGGAGGCGGACACCUGGCAGCGCCGAGAUGUUUUCGUGCUGUGUGACUUGCGAGGACUGGGAUUGCGACCGAUUUCAUACUUCUCGCACUCGCUGGCUGUACAUGUGCCUAGUGUGUUUGCAUACGCUAAAGUUCGCAUUCCGGCAGGAUAUGAGGUUGUUGUUAAAGGGGGAAGAUUAGUGUGGCCUGAUGUGUAUGUGCAUGGCAGUACCACCCUGGCCUUCUCCGCUGUCGUUCCCGAGCGAUUGGACACUGCAUCGGAGGAUCCUCCCUCUUCGGGAGGAACUGAUCCUGCCUCGGACGGUUCCUCAGAUGAUGAUGAUGACAGCAGCGACGGACGGCAAGAUCCGCCUGAGCACCGGUGCACGACCAGGACGUCGGUUGUUGAGAGUUGUGAUAGGCAUCCCGGCGAGCCUUCUCCUGUUGGGGCCAUGUUGUUGGCCGAUGAUCUCGUGCGAGAGAAAUCUAUCACUCAACAUUGGCAGGAGCUGCUCCACUGUGAUCGGAUGCACAAGGGUCAGCUUAGUCGACUGUGUGUUGAUCUCUUUGCGUGGUGCAUGCAGCCCAGGUUCCUAAGAUAUGAUCGUGUGGGUGACCUCCUGUCAGAGCGCGGGGACUCACGACAUCUGCGGGGACUUGGUUAUACUGAAUGGCCAUGGGACGCCACCCCCAUGCUUCCUCCCACCUGGGAGCAGGAUGCCCCGAUCACAGUCGCUGCCCCACCGCAACAGCCAAGGACCAUCACCUUUCUGAUCUUCAAGCCUGACUAUUGUCCGGAAACAGUGCAGGUUGCAGUUGCAGGCCCUCACACUCUGGAAGCGAUCCUGGAUCAUAUUGCCGAGGUCCGUGAUGAGAACUACGGCCUCAGCUUCCCUGAUCUGUGUGUUGUGGCACGGCAACCUUCACGUGCAGUUGGUGCUUUGUUGGCAUUUCCACCCUGGGCGCAUUCGCAUACGAUAGUCUUGUUUGAUUGUCGCUUUUUCAAUGGGACGGCUUUCGCUCUCUCUGUGUCUGCGGUGCUCCGCAGAGAGGACAUCCUUGUGUUAGCUGGGCAGGCCGUGGAGCUUCACACAGGAGAUGUUAUUACCCUGGUUACCUUUGGUGAGCUUGGAUUUUGGGUGCUAGUGGACUAUGAUGAGUUUCGGCUUCCGCUUCCCGACGGUGGCAGCAGACAGCUUCGUGUUGCGAUUGCCGAACAUAUGGAGGUGGAGGCUAGCACGCUCACCAUCCGAGCAGCUCUGCCUCGGGCCCAUGACCACUCCUACCUUGGAUGGACGAGUUGUGCAGUGCUAGUUGCUACCACUAACAUCUGCCGUACCAUGCCGCGUCCAUUUGCUCAAACGCCGAUUGUGAUUGACCUUCGGCGAAUCUUGCAUGGCAUUGAAUGGCGUAUGCUGGAGACAGACCGAAUCGCCAAGCCGGUGCUUCUUCGACAGUUCCGUCCCCUGUGUCCAGACGGCUAUGCUGCAGUAGUCACUGGGGGAAGGAUCGAAGUCCAGAACGGAGAUGCAUUUUGUGUCUGCGCCGCGGGUCAAGUGUUGCGGGUUGAGUUUGUAGCUGACCUGUUUGCUGGCGAGCGGGUCUGGAAUGAGGAAGAGCCAGAAAAUUUGGAGGAGCAGGAAGAACGAUUAGUAGAUACCCCUCCAGGCCAUAGGGAAGAUAAUGAUGAAGAUCGUAGUCGAUCUCCUCGAGGUCCCGGUGUGCAGCUGAUCUCAGAGGAAGUUACAGGCUUGCUGAUGAUCACCAUCGGACUCUGCGGAUCCCGGUGGGAGUUUCUCAAGGCUAUGAUGCUGGCUUGCACCUUACUUGAGGUCUUGUUUGAGCAGGCCGGUGGAAACAAGAAGGAUCCUCAGGUUGCAGGGAUCAGCCGAGAUGCUUGCACUUUGAAACUGGAUGAGCUGUUGCCAAGUGCUGACGUCGGUGUUGAAGUUGGUGCUAGUUCGGCCCCAGAGAUGUUUCAAUUGGAUGUUGGGCAAUGUUUGAUACCUGUGUCGGCUUCCGAUCUCGAUGAGCUGCUUGCCCCGGUUGACUGUAAGGAUUUUGCAGCGCCGCCGGACCAGGUGCCUGAUGCAGGGAGAUUUGCGUCCUGGGUUGACCUUGGGGCACAAGGAUUCACCCCGGGGCCAGAUAGCACAGUUGUCAUCACUUCGGACGGGUCGUUCUCACCGGACACAGGCCAGGCAGGAUGGGCGGUUGUGAUCAGUGUUCUUGAUAUGCCGGAUCACGACUUUCCGGGCAGGUACAUUGGCUGCUUUUUCGGUUCUCUGUCACCUUUGCAGGAGGCAAUCGGGCCAGCCUUCGGGGCAAACAGCCCCUACUUGGCAGAGCUUGCAGGGCUCUUUUGGGGCGCUCUCUUAGCGCUGCGACUUCCGGUUGCAGGACGUUUCAUAUGCCGUGCCGACAAUCAAGCUGCUCUAUUUGGCGCCAGUGGUAGUAUGCGCAUGAGGGACCACCCUCUUGGUGCUGCGGUUGCUUCUCUGCAUCUUUCUCUACAAUUGAUGCGAGAUGGUAUGACCACCUACGAUUAUGUGGCAGGACACAGCGGCGAUCCCGCUAAUGAACUGGCUGAUGGGCUAGCUGCUCUGGGCGCCAGGGACUUCCCCUGCCUUUUCUGUCUCCGCAUUUGUCUCAACCGAUGGUUUGGUGAGGGCGGUGGGCCUUUCCAGUGGCUCCCACACCUCUGCAUGCAGAGGACCAGGCCUGACGUGCUUCCGGGCUUGCAGCAUGAUGUCAUCACCUGGAGCCUCCAGGAGCCCGGUACCCAGUGCAGUGGACAGGAACUCAUGGCCCCCUUCUUGCGUGCCAUCCCACGCUGGGACACUCCGAAGCGCCCUGCGGUUAGUUUUGCCUUCUGCUGUGUUACCUUCAAUGCGCUCUCGUUGCUGGAGCCCUCUCGGUCGACUUCAGCGGCUGGCGGAGGGCUUCAUGGCGCGGCAGGCAGAGUUGGGCUGCUUGCGCAAACCUUGCAGGCCCAGCGCGUUUAUAUCGCUGGACUCCAAGAAACGCGCACCCCGCGCGGCACUCGCCAACAGGAGCACUUUGUCCGUUACUGCUCGGGGUGCACCGAGCAACAUGCUUUUGGCGUGGAAAUUUGGGUUGCCAAGAGUGAUGGAUGGCCACCGCAUCAGGCAGCAGUACUCCAUGCAGAUCCGACGCGCUUGGCUCACAGUUUCGAGAACCGCGAAGCCUGGUGGACUGCCACCAACGACAUUUGUCGUCGUCUUGGGACAAAGUGUAGAUGGUUGGGAUUACUCGAUGCCAACUGCCGGCUUGGGGACUUGGAGUCUGCCUACGUCGGCUCUUUCCAGAGUGACCCACAGGACGACAUUGGAGCCAUGUUGCACGAUCUUCUGCGUGAGUUCGACAUGUGGCUGCCGUGCUCUUUUGCCGAGACCAUGACAGGGUGCGGAGGUACCUUGUAUCAGCGGGUCUCUAAGGAGCUCCAGAGAAGUGAUUACGUCUGUCUGCCAAUGGAUUGGAGACAGUGUGUCGUGCAAGCAUGGGUUGAACCUAGCAUCUCCGCGGGACAUGCUUGUAUGGAUCACCUUGCGGCCAUUGCACAUGUGUCUUGGACCAUUGAGGCCCGUCGCAAGGUAUCAGCACCCCGGAUUGAUCCGCUGGCACUUCUGGAUUCAAGCAAUGAGGAGAAGAUUGGCCAGAUUCUGGCCAAGGUGCCCAAAAAUCAUUGGGACACCAACGUGAACGAGCAUGCCUCCCAGCUCGUCAACUAUAUUUUUGAGGAACUUUCCGGAGCCUUUCCCUUGCGCGGUCGCCGCAUGCGAGCUUCCUUUUUGUCUGCCGAGGCUGGGGACAUGCAUCGAGCCUUGGCUAUACUGCGUCAUGCACUACGAAACAGGCUUGCAGGUAUGCGCUUGGCUAGGUUGCGGUGCGCAUUUUUGGCCUGGACGUCGAGGCAGGAUUUUUCUACCAUCCUUGAGAGCCCAUGGACGGGCCAACUUCGCCUGACGAUUGGGCUGCUUGGUAGCCAGAUUGGAGAACUGGGAAAUGCGCUUCGCAAGCGCUGUAGGCGUGACAAACGUGGGUUCAUCGAGUCCUUGGCGGAUGAUGUCGAGAGAGCUGAAGCGGCCCACGUGCAUACUGCCUUGAAGAAAUUGCUGCGCCCCAAGAAAUUCCGAAAGGCAGGACCUGCUCCACUCCCCCAGCUCCGAAAAGCAGAUGGGACUAUGUGCCAGUCGGCUCUCGAGAUCACCGAACAAUGGAGAGAGCAUUUCUCUCAGAUGGAAGGUGGCCGUGUUGUUCAGGCGGAGGAAUUCGCGGCCUCUUGCCUAUCUCGGCAAGCACAGGUCUCCCCUCUAGAGACCAUCCCGUAUCAGGAUCUACCGAGCUUCGGUCAGGUACUUGAGGCCUUCCGACACGUAAAUCCACACAAGACGGCAGGCCAAGACUGCGUGCCUCCAGCGGUAUGCAAGCGCUUUGCGGUGUCGCUCGGCCUUACGGACGAGGAUAUGCAAACAUUACAGUCUUACGUCUCCAGUGAUCCCGUCAUUGCCUCUGAGCAGGGGGCCAGUGUAUUGCAUGCACUGACCCGAGAAAUGCAUGCACACACUUGGUUCGUCCUACAAGGUGACGAUCACAUCAUGCAAACCAGCCGUGGCACCCGCCCAGGCGGGUGCCUUGCUGACGCUAUGUUUUCGCUGCUUUUCCUUCGGGUUUUGCAAAGACGCGGAGAUUUUGCGAGUGACGGCUGGAAGCCGCGAGUUUUCUGGACGGGCAAACGGGAGCUUAGAGCGUGUUCUAGUCGGACCCCUGGUGCCAGAGGCCUGGAUAUCCAGGACAUCAUUUAUGCGGACGACCUGGCCACAUGUGUGGCUUGUGCUGAGUCCAGUCAGCUGCCCAAGGCCAUUUCAGGGAUAGCCGGAGUUACUCUAGACAACUUGGCAGAGCACGCUUUGGCGGCCAACAUAGGACCGCGUAAGACCGCAGCCCUGGUGUGCCCUGCGGGCAAAGGCGCCAAGGCAGUCCGAGAGGCCGUGUUCACGCGUGGUAAGGGCAAGAUUGGGGUCUUUCGGGAAAAUGCCCCUAUGGUUAGCCUAGAUGCUGUUGCGUCCUACAAGCACUUGGGGUCCUGCCUCACAUACAAUGGUUCGAUGAUUGCAGAAGUACGUGCAAAAUUAGGAGCAGGACGAGCGGCCUUCCGAGAAGGGCAGCGCCUUAUCUUUUGCUCCUGCCGUAUUGCAUUACGCAGGCGAGCUGCCUUGUUUAGGUCGCAUGUGCUUUCGGUUUUGCUUGCCGGGUGUGGGGCGUGGCCAUACUUGUGUAAGACGAGCUGGGGCCUCUUUGAGCGGGGCAUUAUCACCAUGUACCGUGCCAUGCUUCGGAUACCCCAUGAUUCCAAUCAGCAUGUCAGUCGUGCGCGGAUACUUGUUCGUGUGGGAUUGCCGGCGCCGCAGGACUUGCUACACUCUGAAAGGUUCUUGUGUCAGUUAGUCCGCAAUGCACCGGACGAAGCAUGGGCGCUCCUGCAAAACUCUCCUCUUGCUCUUCAAGCUUUUGACUCGGCUAUUGAUUGGCUGCAAGAGGCAAUCUGCAAUACUAGCCCCCUCGGAGACAUCCGUUCCUGCUGGGAUGAGUGGCGCUCUCUCAUGUGUGCCACUCCUGGCAAAUGGAAAGGUAUAAUUAAGAGGGCAAUUGCAUGGCAUGGAGCUAAGCAGGCCGCACUGGAUCAGUUUGAGACAUGCAUACGGAAAUGUUGGGAGGCCGAGCCCAGGGAGCGCUCUGCUCUGGAUAACCUUUCCCAUGGAUGUCCGAUUUGUAAGAUCGCGUUCUCUGACUUCCAAGCUUGGGCGGCACAUGCUGCAAAAACGCACAAGUACAAAGCCCGUGCUCGCCGCUUUGCUGCGGGAGUCCGGUGUCAAGCUUGCGGCGCACUCUUUUCGCAGCACAGGAGGUUGGUGAAUCACCUGAAAGUUACACCCCGGUGUUGUCAGGCCGUGGCCCUCAAUAAGCCUGGGUUGCUUCCUCCUCUCCUUAUGCCAGACGGGCCAGCUCAGAGUUUUGUUGUGCCUGGUUCUGGCGAGGAUUUGGUUCCUGAGCUUGAGGAGGAUUUCUGCCUUGAGCUGCUUCUCAGGUUACGGGAAGUGGAAUUUGAAUCGGAUGAGCAUAUCUUCAAUGUGGUUUGUGAGUUCGUUGAGCCGUUUCCAGUCCUUGCUAAUACCUUGCGUGUGUGGAUCUUGGAACUGGAACCGGGCCAGAUCAGGGAAUGGGCUCAUGAUGUUCUGGCUUGCUGGCAAAUUGAUUUGCUCUGUGACCGGACCUCGGCAGUCAAGAAAUCGUAUGAACAGGCUUCAGAAGAUGCUGCGUUUCGGCCGCGUAUUGUUCCACUGUGCCUUUCUGGUCUUGCUCCGCGCCUGCCCUCUCUUGCUGUCGGCAGACAUACCGAAGCCACCUUGGAUAGGCUACUCCCAGAUCAUUCUCCUGGAUGGUUCUGCGUCGACUUUGAGGCUGAUGAGGUUGGACUUUCCUCCUUCGCCUCUCUUCUGAUCCGAUUUCCUGCACCACCAAUCGAAUGUCAACCAUUUUGGCAGCCGGUAUCCUGCUCGCUUCGAGCGUUGGGUCCCUAUCGACUUUGGUUGUCUCAAUCCGUGACUUGGCUCGUUGCAGCCUUUGCUUUCACCCGUACCGGACGUCCAACGGCCCUCUACCUUGAUUUCCCUCGUGAGCAAGGAGGAGUGCUGUCAGAGUGGCUUUUGAGCUCCGCUGCAUCUGCAGGUGUGAGCUCGUCGCUCUUUGUUUGUUUCACCUCGAAUUCAUCCUCUGCUAGCGGUACGUCCUGA